UUUACAGACACUCCUAUUCUAAAGCCAGUAUCUCUCUUGAGAAAAUGCGAUGUGAAGGAUUCUCCACUUGAGCCAGAUACAUCCACACCUAUGAAAAAGAAAAAAGGAUGGCCCAAAGGCAAGAGCCGCAAACCAAUCCACUGGAAGAAAAGACCUGGUCGCAAACCAGGAUUUAAGUUGAAUCGGGAAAUCCUACCCAUUUCUACUCAAGAGUGCAUUGUUGAGCCCAUUGUCCCCAUUCCUAAAUCCGGACGUAAACCCAAAAUUCAAGAGAAUGAAGAAACUGUUGAACCAAAAGAAGACUUGCCUUUGACUGAAAGGAAGGAAGAAGAGGAGAUAGCUGUGGAAACAGAAGAGGUUGAAGAAGGAGAAGAAGAAGAUACAACCAGCAGUGAAGUUCGAGCGACUUCUCCAGUGGAUAGCAGCAAUAGUCCCGAGACUGAAACAAAAGAGCCUGAGGUGGAAGAGGAAGAAGAGAAACCUCGUGUCUUAGAAGAGCAGAGGCAAUCAGAGGAAGAACAACAAGAACUGGAAGAACAAGAGCAAGAGGAAGAGGAUGAAGUGGCAGUAGAGACAAACCAUAAUGAAGACCAUGAUGCAGAUGAUGAAGAUGAUGGUCAUCUGGAAUCCACAAAGCAAAAAGAGUUAGAGGAGCAGCCCAUUAGAGAAAAUGUCAAGGAGGAGUCUGGUGGCCAGGAGUCUUUUUUAGAUACUAAUAUGCAGAGCAGUAGGGAGAAUAUAAAGGAUAAAGAUGAAACGGAACCAGAUUCUGAAGAUGAACAGACUUCCCAUGAGACAUCUGUGGUAUCAGAGAAUAUGCCAGGGUCUGAGGAUGAUCAUGAAGAAGAUUCAAACUCUAAAGAAGAAUUAAUUGAGUUAAAAGAGGAAGAAGAGAUUCCUCAUAGUGAACUGGACCUGGAAACUGUACAAGCAGUGCAGUCUUUGACCCAAGAAGAAAGCAAUGAGCAUGAGGGAGCCUACCAGGACUGUGAAGAAACUCUUGCAGCUUGUCAGACCCUGCAGAGUUACACCCAGGCUGAUGAAGACCCUCAGAUGUCAAUGGUUGAAGACUGCCAUGCUUCAGAACAUAAUAGCCCACUCUCUUCUGUUCAGUCUCAUCCCAGCCAGUCAGUCCGUUCUGUCAGCAGCCCCAACGUGCCUGCCCUUGAAAGUGGUUAUACCCAGAUCAGCCCGGAACAAGGAUCCCUGUCCGCACCCUCUAUGCAGAACAUGGAGACCAGCCCCAUGAUGGAUGUGCCUUCCGUAUCAGACCAUUCUCAGCAGGUGGUGGACAGUGGCUUUAGUGAUCUGGGCAGCAUUGAGAGCACCACAGAAAACUAUGAGAACCCUAGCAGUUAUGAUUCCACAAUGGGCGGCAGCAUUUGUGGAAAUAACUCUUCCCAGAGCAGCUGCUCCUAUGGUGGGUUGUCAUCCUCCAGCAGUCUCACCCAGAACAGUUGUGUUGUCACUCAGCAAAUGGCAAACAUGGGCAACAGCUGCAGCAUGAUGCAGCAGAGCAGUGUCCAGCCUGCCUCCAACUGCAACAUCAAGUCACCUCAGAGUUGUGUGGUCGAGAGGCCUCCCAGUAACCAGCAGCAGCCGCCGCCGCCGCCACCACCACAGCAGCAACAGCAGCAGCAGCAGCAACCAGCACCACAGCCUCCACCCCCUCAGCAGCAGCAGCAGCAGCAGCAGCAGCAGCAGCAACAGCAACAACAGCAGCAGCAGCAACAACAGCAGCAGCAGCAGCAGCAGCAGCCGCCGCCGCCACCUCAGCCCCAGCAGCCUCAACCUCCACCCCAACCCCAGCAGCAGCCCUCCCUCUCACAGUGUAGUAUGAAUAACAGUUUCACUCCAGCGCCUAUGAUCAUGGAGAUACCAGAGUCUGGAAGCACUGGAAACAUAAGUAUCUAUGAGAGGAUUCCAGGGGAUUUUGGUGCUGGCAGCUAUUCUCAACCAUCAGCCACCUUCAGUUUAGCCAAGUUGCAGCAGCUGACUAACACCAUUAUGGACCCUCAUGCCAUGCCUUAUAGCCAUUCUCCUGCUGUGACUUCCUAUGCAACCAGUGUUUCUUUGUCUAAUACAGGACUGGCUCAGCUAGCUCCAUCUCAUCCAUUAGCUGGGACCCCUCAAGCACAAGCCACCAUGACGCCACCCCCAAACUUGGCAUCCACCACCAUGAACCUCACAUCACCUCUGCUACAGUGCAACAUGUCUGCCACCAAUAUUGGCAUUCCUCACACUCAGAGGUUACAAGGGCAAAUGCCAGUCAAGGGGCACAUUUCUAUCCGCUCCAAAUCUGCACCACUGCCCUCUGCGGCUGCUCACCAACAGCAGCUGUAUGGCCGCAGCCCACCAGCGGUUGCCAUGCAGGCUGGCCCUCGUGCAUUAGCUGUUCAGCGUGGCAUGAACAUGGGGGUUAAUUUAAUGCCAACCCCUGCCUAUAAUGUCAAUUCCAUGAAUAUGAACACCUUGAAUGCCAUGAACAGCUAUCGAAUGACACAGCCCAUGAUGAACAGCAGUUACCAUAGUAACCCUGCCUACAUGAACCAGACAGCACAGUAUCCUAUGCAGAUGCAGAUGGGGAUGAUGGGGAGCCAGGCCUAUACCCAGCAGCCUAUGCAGCCAAACCCUCAUGGAAACAUGAUGUAUACUGGCCCUUCCCAUCAUAGCUACAUGAAUGCUGCUGGUGUGCCCAAGCAGUCACUCAAUGGACCUUACAUGAGAAGAUGAGCAAGAUGAACUUGCAAUUAAAAACUUAAAUAUAUAUAAAUAAAGGAACCUUUUAUACUGACAAACCAGAGAAAAAUGGACCUUUUUUCCAGUUAAAAUAUUGCUGUAGAUUUAGAGGAAUUUUUCUUUGGUUUAUUUUAUUUUUUAGAAAACCCAGUCUUCUCUUUUUUUGGGUUCAUUUUGUUCUGGGUUUUGGUUUUUUUCACAAUCUUGAACAUUUUACAAUAGAACUCAUCUAAAAAUGGAUUUGGGGAUAGGGGAAACAUGCACAAAACCUUUUCAUAAUUAAAAAGAGCCUUACUUUCUUUAUACACCACAUGGACAGAAUUUGUGUAAAAGUAAAUUACCUUCGUUUUAUUUUAAGAUGUAUGUUUCCCCUCACUGUUUGCAGCUCCCAAUGUUGUCAUUUUUAAAUGUUAUAUAUACAUCUCGAGGGUUAACCAGACCCUUUCCUCCAAACCCAACCUUUCAUUUCCUACUUCAUUCCAGCAGGAGGCACUUAUGGGAGACUCGGAUGGGGUCAUGGAGAACAACCCAAGCUCCUUAAACUUAUUAUUAUUGUUAUUAUUAUUAUUAUUAUUAAUAAAGUGAGGCAGGAAAUGCUUCUCCUUUUAAAAUCCCCUCCACUCCCUCCACAUACACAAACACAUACACACACAUACCCCUCUUGAAACCUUUCCCAAGAAUGUUUCUUUAUAGAUGGACUUCAUUGAAAUGUUUGUUUUCUUAAAUCAAGUGUAAUAUAAUUUUUUUUUAACUGUUCCCACUCAGCACUCAGAGACACAAAAAUACUGUAAGUCUCAAUUAACAGCAGAAUCUCUCAAAGGAAAGCUGUUUGCAUUCCUACUCCAGCCUUGGAGGAAUAUAGGUGGUCAAUUACAAUCAAGAAGAAAUUGACCUCUGUUUUUUACCACCUGGUGAAUCAGCCAUAAUGCACAGAUUCCACGCAGCCUCUUGUUUUUAGUAUGUACUUUGAGAUGCUAAGGGUCUUGAUUCUUGAGCCUUUGACUCCGAUUAAACUCAAACAGCAAUCCCCGUUGAUUAGCCUCUUACAUCGUUACAUAAAGUGGUGGUGAAUGACUGUACAUUUCAGUGAUUUGAAAAAUACCUGACAAACCUUUGACACUGGUUAUUUUAUGUUGGAAGAGAUGAUGCAGAAUGUGUGUUGUAAGAGAGAUCAUGAUGAGUUUUAUAGCUACUUCAAUGAUACAUACCUCUAGUUUGCAUUUUUCUUUUGAGAUCUUGAGAUCACCCCCCUGUGAAUCAGAGUGCACCAGCCCCUCUCCUGUGAGUGGCUAAAGAGAAGAGGGAUAAACCAACCACCAGCAUAGUAGGGCAAAUCUGGAUAGCAGGAUUUAGCAAGCUUCUGUGUUACUCCCAAUUCCAUUCUCUUUUCUCUUGUGCAGCCAGUUUGCCCAUUCUCUUCCUAUUACUUGCUCCAGGGAUAGG